AUGAGUACCUGUACGGCUGUACUGGGCCAACUGGUAACCAAGCUGAAUGCUAAACAAAAUGGGCAUGAUGCAGUUACUUUGACAGAAGCGAGUACCACCGUUUAUUUUGCUGGUAUGUUUCCAUCUUGGCCAAACAAAGCCAGAGUUCCUGGGUUUGUGUUGGAUGCUGGUACAAGACUCGCCUUAGAUCACAUCAAUAAUGACUCCUCAAUUCUGUCAGGGUACACCCUCGAUAUGGUCACAGGAGACAGCAAGUGUGAUCCUAAAGUAGCCUUCAACUCUUUGGUGAAACUUCUUGCAAACCCUCCCAACAUCUUGGCACUGUAUGGUGCUGCAUGUUCUGAUGCAACUCAAACAUUGGCUGAGAUGACAGCCUUCGCUAACGUUGCUCAGGUAUCUCAUACAUCCACCAGCCUGAGUUUAUCCACUGCCAACGAAUUUCCCUCAUUAUACAGAGUUAUUCCAACUGACUUUCCUGCAAUCCAAGCAAGUAUAGCAUUGGUAAAAAUGUUUAAGUGGUCAAGAGUGGCCAUAAUUGGAGAAAAGACUGCAUCUGGAUUGUUGGAAUCAGCUUACGAAGUAGUUGUCAGAGAUAUGGUAAGAAAUGGAGUUGAUGUUGAAUGGAGUAGAAUCAUCAACACUGACGACGUUGAGAAGAGUAUUAUUGAAAUCAAGAAAAAAGAUAUUCGUAUUAUUAUCGCUGCCGUUAGUGCAACAUUUGGUAAAAAAUUAAUGUCUCAGGCCUACGUAUCUGGUUUGUACAGUCCUGAAUAUGUCUGGAUUUGGUUAGAAACUUAUCCAGCAACAUGGUGGCACGAUACUAACACAACUCAAAAUGAAACUGUGAAAACUGUUGUGCAAUACUCGUUUAGUUUUGGUGAUAACAUAAAUAUUCAAGACAGAACAACUAAUACUAUUUCAGGACGAACUCCGAAUGAAGUCUGGACAGAAUAUCUUCAAAGACUGGGAAUGUCUUUUGUUCCUCCGUUAGCGGCGUAUUCUUACGAUGGAGCAUGGUUUCUUGCAAAAGCUCUUGAUAAUGUCGUUAGAAGUCAUGGAAUAAAACUGGAAGAUAUUACAACUGGAAAUGAAACAUUUUAUGAACUUCUCAUCUCCAGUUUAAGUUCUGUCACUUUCACUGGAAUAACGGGUUCAAUUCAAGUAUAUAGCAAAGAUUAUAGAGAAAGACUGGACGGCCCUGCUCAUAUUUUUCAAUAUGAUCAAGAUGGAAAUGCUAUUGAAGUGAUGAUGUACGACGUCUUUAAUAAUGUUACAACUAAAGUUGGAAAAGGACAUUUAUGGACAAACGAUCAAGCUAUACCGAAGGACCGAAAACCUACAACUAUAUAUUUUGCUGGUAUGUUUCCAUCUUUGCCAAACAAAGCAAGAGUUCCUGGGUUUGUGUUGGAUGCUGGUACAAGACUCGCCUUAGAUCACAUCAAUAAUGACUCCUCAAUUCUGUCAGGCUACACUCUCGAUAUUGUCACAGGAGACAGUAAGUGUGAUCCUAAAGUAGCCUUCAACUCUUUGGUAAAACUUCUUGCAAACCCUCCCAACAUCUUGGCACUGUAUGGUGCUGCAUGUUCUGAUGCAACUCAAACAUUGGCUGGGAUGACAGCCUUCGCUAACGUUGCUCAGGUAUCUCAUACAUCCACCAGCCUGAGUUUAUCCAAUGCCAACGAAUUUCCCUCAUUAUACAGAGUUAUUCCAACUGACUUUCCUGCAAUCCAAGCAAGUAUAGCAUUGGUAAAAAUGUUUAAUUGGUCAAGAGUGGCCAUAAUUGGAGAGAAGACCGCAACUGGAUUGUUGGAAUCAGCUUACGAAGUAGUUGUCAGAGAUAUGGCAAGAAAUGAAAUUGAUGUUGAAUGGAAUAAAGUCAUUAAUGCUGAACAAAUUGAACAGAGUAUUACUGAAAUUAAGAAGAAAAAUAUUCGCAUCGUUAUAACAGCUGUGAGUUCAGACUUUGGAAAAAAGUUAAUGUCCCAGGCGUAUGUUUCAAGAUUAUACAGUCCUGAAUAUGUUUGGAUUUGGUUAGAAACGUAUCCAGCAACAUGGUGGCACGAUACCAACACAACUCAAAAUGAAACUAUGAAAACUGUUGUGCAAUACUCGUUUAGUUUUGGUGAUAACAUAAAUAUUCAAGACAGAACAACUAAUACUAUUUCAGGACGAACUCCGAAUGAAGUCUGGACAGAAUAUCUUCAAAGACUGGGAAUGUCUUUUGUUCCUCCAUUAGCGGCGUAUUCUUACGAUGGAGCAUGGUUUCUUGCAAAAGCUCUUGAUAAUGUCGUAAGAAAUCAUGGAAUAAAACUGGAAGAUAUUACAACUGGGAAUGAAACAUUUUAUGAACUUCUCAUCUCCAGUUUAAGUUCUGUCACUUUCACUGGAAUAACGGGUUCAAUUCAAGUAUACAGCAAAGAUUAUAGAGAAAGACUGGACGGUCCUGCUCAUAUCUUUCAAUAUGAUCAAGAUGGAAAUGCUAUUGAAGUGAUGAUGUAUGAUGUUAUAAAUAAUGUCACUACACUGAAAUUUGGGCAUGGCCAUUUAUGGAAAGGCAAUGAUACCAUACCGAGUGAUCGAGAACCUGGGAUAACGAUUAUUUAUGAAGCUCAGGAAAUGAAGGAGUGGAUUUUCAUUCUUCUAACAGCUCUUUGUGUUCUUAGCAUUUUCUUUUCGUUCGUUUUUAUUUCAUCUCAGUGUUGGAGGAAUUUUGGAAAGCAUGCCGCUAGUUUGAACAUCGUCAUUGCAACGGGCAGCAUAUGCCUUUGUAUUUCUGGCAUCCUUUAUGGACUUCGUGUCAUGGAUAAGCUGGACGAUUACGAUGAAACAAAAAAGACAUGUUUGGGUCAACUAGGACUGACGUCUGUUGGUCUUUCUCUUCUUCUUGGUGCAAUCAUCUCAAAAUUACUUUUGAUCCGUUGCAAAGACGUAUCUGUGAAACGUACUUCUUGCUGUGGUGUGGUUCUCCUGUGCAUAGCAAUCGACGUUGUUUUGAUUAUUUUAUGGUUUCAAAAGAAUUCUCCAAAACCAAUCAAGAUUUUUUAUCAAGAAGAAAAGUCUGUUACGUCAGGUGGUUUGGUUGAAACAGUUCCUUACAAUGAAUUUUGUUCUGAGACCAAAUAUCCUGAUUGGGAAAUAACUGUGUAUAUAUUUCACAGUGUUCAAGCUUUUCUUCUAAUUAUAGUUGCUAUAGCAACUACAGGGAAAUCUGAUGAUGGUAGUUUUACUAGGCUGAGUGCUUCGUUCAGUUCUCUAUUGGUUCUUGGUGUUAUUUUAUCUGAUGUUCCUGAUCGAGAUUACGUUUCCAGUUUACGUAAUAGCUACAUCAUCUUUACCUCCGUCGUUUGCGCCUGCACGUUAAUCAUCAUCUUCUGCUCGUUUUUGGAGAAACGCCGUGAUUCAUCAAACUCCUCCACAUCUCCACAAAACCGCGUGGAAUUGACGAAAAUGAGCUCAAGAGGCUAGUCAUAUAAACCUGCUGAUCUGAAAGGCUGGAAUGUGAAUAUAUAGCAAAUGGUAUGGUAAUAACACUGGAUAAAGUUUGGAACUAAUCCUCCACUGGUAGUGAAAGCUAUACCAUGG